UAAAAGAACAAGUCAGUUCUUUUCAACCAGCGAGACGUCGGCGGAGUCCAAACAGGAGCUACACACGAAGGAAACAGAACAAACACAAACACUACAACCGGGUUUUUUAGCCGCUGAAACAUAAAGAAAAGUCGCAUGGAUUUAUUUAACUUUUCCGCCAUUGUUGUGGUGACGAAGGACGGCUGAAAACAAGUUUCAAUCUCCAACACUUUCCUCCCUCUCACCUUCGUCCCUCCCCACUGGCUGCUGUUCCCCAGAGGGUGGAACAAAGUAUGGGGUAAGAGAGCUGAGAGGUGACGGCAAGACGACACAAGCUGAGGAGGCCUUCUAACCUGCACAGGUGGUGACGGGUACACUGUCAUGGCGCUGCUGUGGAGGAGGCUGAAGCUUGUGGUGAUGGUGACGAUGGUCAACCUCUUCAUCUUCAUCAUCAUCUCCCGACAGAGCAGCCAAGACAAAAACGGCCACCACAAAGUCCACAUCCCCUCCAAACCCUUCUGGACCAAACUGGUUCCCAACAUCGCUUACUGGAACCGCCAGCAGCAGAUUCUGGACAUUCAGAAUAAUCCCAUCCUGGUGUCCAACUACAGCGGAGCAGAGAUUCCUGAGUGGCUUAACGACACCAGUUUGACCUCUGACCCCUGCCAGCCUAACUUCAGGGUUACCACUCAGGUGAAAGACUACAACUCCCUACCGGGCCGCUUCAAGGACUUCCUGAUUUACAUGCACUGCCGCUCCUACCCAAUCAUGGUGGACCACCCUGACAUCUGUAAGGAGCCACCGUUCCUGCUCCUGGCUGUCAAGUCCCUGGCACCGCACUUUGACCGCCGCCAGGCCAUCCGUCAGUCCUGGGGACGUGCUGGUGUUAUUGCCAAUCGGACGGUGGUUACUAUCUUCCUUCUCGGCAACGCCACAGCCGGGGACCACCACCCGGAUCUGUCCGAGAUGCUGCACUAUGAGAAUUUCCGCCAUAAAGACAUCAUCCAGUGGGAUUACAGGGAUUCGUUCUUCAAUUUGACUGUCAAAGAAGUUCUGUUUCUGGAAUGGAUCCAGACUCGUUGCCCCGGUGCUCGCUUCAUCUUCAAAGGCGACGACGACGUCUUUGUCAACACCUACCGCAUCCUGGACUUCCUCAAGGGCCUCUCGGAGCCCAAAGCCAGGGACCUGUUUGUGGGUGACGUGAUCACCAACGCAGGGCCACACCGAGACAAGAAGGUCAAAUACUUCAUCCCAGAGAGCAUGUACACCGGGACGUACCCUCCAUAUGCAGGAGGAGGCGGGUACCUUUACUCUGGUGACAUCGCUGCUCGUCUGCACAAUGUGUCGCAGCAUGUAGCGCUCUACCCGAUAGAUGACGUCUACACGGGUAUGUGUUUUAGGAAGCUAGGGCUGGCCCCCGAGAAGCACAAAGGCUUCAGGACCUUUAACAUUGAGGAGAAGUACAGGUCGAACCCUUGCGCCUACAAGAGUUUAAUGCUCGUUCACCCGAGGACCCCGCAGGAGAUGAUCCAGAUCUGGGCCUGGCUCAGUAGUCCUGACCUGAACUGCCAGUAACGGCUCUGCAGCGGGCAGUUUGGUGCUGAAACGACCCGGGAGAAGAAGACAUUUUGAAGUUGUUGAGUGACAAUAAUUUUAUUUUGAGUCAUGACUUAAGAGUUGGCAGCUUUAAGUUAAGAUGUUAUUAUAAUGGUCACUUGGAGCGUCAGCUCGGAGAUGUUGAUGUGUUGUGCCUCUAAAAACGAGGAAGGAUGCAUUGUUUUCAAAACGACCACCAAAGUAUUUGUGACUUGAUGUCAGACUUCCGUAGACGAGCUAACCCCGCUUCACUAUCAAACGAGCUUUACCCAAAGUGACCGCAUCGUUCUCUGCGUGCACAUAUUUAUAUCAACUAUUUAAAUAGCCUUUUAUAAUGCUUUAACACUGUGUUGGCUCCGUGAUGGAGCAUCUCAAUGCUGUAUUAUAUAAAUGAGGAGACUAAGAACUAGGAAGUGUCCACCUGAGUCUGUCUGUUGUUGUUGUUGUCAGGAUAGUGACCGUGAUGAUUAAACCAUCAUGUUUACACACUCUUGAGUGUCUAAACAUUUGACAAGUAAAGAAGAGUGACGCUCUUAAACUUUCUGGUAACCACCACAUGCAGCAUUUUAUUGUUGCUUGCUUUGAAAGAGUUUCCUGGUGAACACGUCCUAGUAAUUGUUGCUGGAGGCUAAAUUUGUGCUGCUAUUCUCAUCCACACUCCCUAAAGUAUUUACUUGUGACUUGCUCCAACUCAACCUAAACCAGUUUCUCCUUCUUUUUGUAUAUAAAUAUAUACAAAACGACAUUUUGUUCAAACCCUUUAUUCAUUCAUGAAAAGUUGUUUCACCUUAAAUUCAGUUUCAGUCUUUAUUCUAUGAAUGAUAGUUUCUCUGUUUCCCAUCAUUUCUGCUGUUUGUCAAUUUUUUGUUUUUACUGGUUGAUAAAUCAUGCUGCAACAAAUCUUUGAAUUGUCCAUAGAGCUUCAACAUGGGGGUGUUUGGUGGAGUGAAUACACACUUUGCUUUCAGGAAACAGGAAUGUGAGUCCGGCUCUGUGCAGCUCAGCAGGUCUGAGCUUGGUUUUGAAAUCCAAAUGCUGUUUAAUUAUGCUUCAGGUUCUCACUUUACAAAAAGACAAACCGCUCGUAUGAACCCUAAGUGCAUUUUCUUCAAGCUGCUGAGCUUCUGUCUGAAAUACUCGCUUUAACUUGCCUCAUGAGUGUGUGCAGCUGUUGUGUUGAAAGUGCUGAAUGCUGUUAAAUGUUGCUUUAAUGUGAUGUCAGUGACUCGGAGUCAAAAAUGCUUUAAGACAAACAUGGUGGAACCUCAUGUCUCAGCUUAUGUUACUUGACGAAUUGGCUCUGCAAUGUUCACUCGUCAUUUUGAAGGUUUCAUUUCACAAUGAUGCAAAUCUGUUUUCUGUUUCUAUCGUCUUUGUGUCGCCUUCUUUCCAGGUCUUUGUUUGUUGGUGAAGGUUUUUAAAUGGUGGAUAAGUCUUCAUAUUAUUUGAAUGUUACUGCUCAGCUUACUACUGUACAGCUUUAGUCUUUCACUCGCUUCGUGAGAGAAGUGCUGCACAUAUUUACUGGCAUGUAUGUUCUGUGUUUUCAGCUGUAUGUGAGACGCAGUCAGUGAGUUUUCAGAUCCACCUUUUGUGAUAUUGCAUGUCUCGGUGAAGGAGAUGUUCUCAAACCCCCCCGUUACAAAAACGUCAGAGAAAUGUGUUACAUGAAUGUAUAUCUUUACGCAGGUUUAGGGUCAAGCCUCUUUGAUUUAGUGGAUUUUGUUCAGUAUUUAGACACCGACUGACACUGGACCCGCUCCAUAAAGUCCACACUGACGAUAAGUUUCAGUCUGACCCUGAACCUGGUUGUUACACUUCCUCCGCCUCUGUUAGAGCUCCCCCUGCUGGUCAGGAUGGUGAUCUUUAGCUUUUAUAGACACUGAUCAAUUCCAUGACCCAAAACUGGAGUCAUAGACCUAAUGUAUGUAUUUCACGCUUUAAACAUGGGUUUGGAGCAUCUGAAGAGUCAAAGACGGAGAUAAUGAACAGUCACUUACAGCUGUUACCUUUUUGUGCUUACUUUUAGCCUACAUUGGUGUCAAAUAAUUAGUGUUUGCCACACAAGAAAAACCAAACGAGUUAAGACAAUCACAGUGAGGUUCUUAAAGAUAAAUAUUUGUAAUUGUUUUUCUGUGGAAUACAAUUUACUGGACACCAUUUUAAUUACCGGUAUUCUUGUGCUAUCUGUCUAACUCCAUGUAGGAUAACACAAACACUAAAAAGAAAAGAGCGUCAACAGGAAACUAAUGAAGGCUUUUUUUACUCUUGUGUUUAAGUGGAAGCAUCGCGUAUUCUCUUCUUGUAUCCUCAACGUCUUCACUGUGGUUUCCCUCCGCUCGCAUAUCAAUAAUAAGUUGCAUUCUGUCCUGGCUGCACAGUUUGUGGCUACUUGAAAUGUUUACAUGCUUUAAAAAGUCAUCAUCACUUAUUUUUAUAAAUGUUACUUCUGUCUGAUUGGCUGUAGAGGUAUUUCCUAGUUGUCCAAGCUGUCGUUUCUGUCCUGUCACCUUAUUUUUAAUUUGGGAAUUCAACCCUGACCCGUCACUGCGCUUUAUUUUGUAACUUUGCUUCACAGAUUUCCUUUUGAAGGACAUUUCCUGUUUCUUUUACACGCACAACUUUUGUGUGUGUGUGUGUGUGUGUGUGUGUGUGUGUGUGUGUGUGUGUGUGGAGACAGUCAGUGUUUCUCUGGUCUCACAGGCAGGAUGUGUCAUUUUCUGAGCUUCUGUAGCUGUUUGUGUUCAGACCAGUAAGCUAGUGCGUGUAUGAAAUCGUCAUAUUACCAUCAAUAUGCAGUGAAUAACUAGCCCCAGCUCCAGGAUUGUGAUACACAGCAGGGCAGUGUAUUAGUCAACAUGACGGGGAAUCAUUAAUCCACACGUUUGAAAAUAUCCAAUAAAAUCUAAUGUGAGCAGAAAGGAGUUAUCAUGGGAUACAUGCAUAAGUGUUUUAAUCAAUCAGGAUUUGGAUCAAAUAUCUAUCUUUUUUGUUAUCCAGAACAUUUUGGAUGAAUCUUUGCGUUCACAAGUAUUUCAGAGUACUUGUCAUUUCAGAAACAUUAUAAUUUCUGUGUUUCACCUGCACUAGUCAGAGGUGAUUACCAAAUCUGUGCCUGAUGUUUGUCUGUAGUGUUCGUGUAAGAUUGUCCUGCAACCACGUUAAGCGUGAUCGCUUUUUUUUUUUUUAAUACCUAGAUUGACUUGAUUAUUUCAAUAAAGUUAUAUUUGCUGUUUUUGUAUAUACUGUUCUAUGCAUUUGUAUUGUGAAACAAAUAAAUUAUGUGAAGUAAGCGUUAA